AUGUGGACAAGAAUUAUUGAUGAAGUGUCUGAAAACGUGGUUCUUUCCGGUGGUACUACAUUAGUGGAUGGCUUCCGUGAACGAUUUCAACGAGAAUUAUCACUUCAAAAGAUCAAAGCUACUGUUUUCUGCCCAAAUAACAGGAACAAUUUCCCAGGUCGGUCAUUCCGGCGACUGGAUCCGUUGAAAUCUGAGUCGUUUCCGACUCGAAGUUUGCAGGAAACGGUUAGAAAAUUACUGGAACCUACGUUUGAACUUCCGGCUGGAAUCCGGCGGCAAGGAAAUCGUCGGAAAACAAAGUUAACCGGCCGGAACCGACCAAGUCAUAAUAACCUGGGCUGUCGCCCAUUGGUGCCAACAAAUUGUUGGCAUCAAUGA